AUGAUAGUUGAUGGGUAUGGUAAUUAAGCAAUAGAAAAAUUUAGAGAAAAUUUAAAAGCAAAUAUUGAAGGACCAUUAUAAGAGUAAAUACAUUUUAUUGUAAUGAAAAAUCAAAGACAAAAAAGUAAGUCUUAUAAAGUUGAUAAUUUAGAAAGAGUAAUUGAGAUUAGGAUCUAAACAUUAUAGUAAAAUAAUGAUGGUAGCAAAUGA